AUGGAGAAUGAUUGUAUAGAAGACAUGGACAUCGAGGCCCUUCCUUCAAUGUGGCCUGAAGAUAUAGGAACUGAGGUUGGAAAGCAGUUUAAUAUAGAAAAGCCUGGAAGGGACCAAGACAUGUUAGAGGAGGUUACAAUCAUAGAGGAGCCAACUAUAGUUGAUUUCAAGCGUCUCAUUGAGCUCACAAAGUUUACAGAAAAGGGGUCUUCUCAGUUGGCAUGCCUAAUGAAACAAUGGGAGUACAAGCAGGCCAAUGUUGUGCGUCUUCUCAGAGAAGAGCUCGACAACCUAAGCAAACAAAGGCAGGAUGUUGAGCUCAGGAAAUUAGAGAUAUUGGAAGAACAUCGAUUUGAGGAAGACAGAUAUGGUGGUGACAAACGCCCAGUUUCUAUAUUGGAUGACGUUUAUGAUGGUAUGUGGCAAGAUAUACCUUGCAGGAAAAGUGAUGCUGUGGUUCAAAACAAGAGGAAUGAGAUUGAUGCUGAGUAUGAUACUGUCAUCUACUGGAAACAGCGAGCCUUGCAUUUAGAGAAGCACCUGGAGGCAAGUAUCCAAAGGGAACAUAUACUUGAAGAAAAGUUGCAAGAAAGUAUAGCAAAAAUUGAAAGGCAGUCCUCACCUGUGGAAGAACUGUCCCAGAUCCUGAAAAGGGCCGACAAUUUCUUGCAUUUUAUACUCCAAAAUGCACCUGUUGUUAUUGGCCAUCAGGACAAAGAUUUGCGCUAUUGCUUUAUAUACAACCAUUUUCCAAGUUUACAAGAAGAGCUGCUGAAAACUGAGAAGAAGCUUGUUGACAUCAUAGGAAAAACCGAUGUUGAAAUAUUCACGGGAGCUGGUGUUAAGGAAUCUCAAGAGUUUAAGAGAGAAGUUUUGGAAAAAGGAUUACCUGCAAAAAGGGAAAUCACUUUUGAGACAGAACUGUUUGGGUCAAAGACAUUUUUAAUAUAUGUAGAACCUGUCUUUAGCAAAGCAGGGGAGACAAUUGGAAUAAACUACAUGGGAAUGGAUAUAACAGAUCAGGUGAGAAAAAGGGAAAGGAUGGCAAAGAUUCGGGAAGAGAUUGCUGUUCAGAAAGCCAAGGAAACAGAACUGAAUAAAACCAUUCAUAUUACAGGUUCAAUUACUUAUAUCAAAUUUACUUCAAUUUGUUCUUGCAGCAAGAAAGCUUAUCAUGUUCCCGUCCUCCUUUUAAUAGAGGAAACUAUGCGAGCAAAACAAAUGCUGGCAACAAUGUCUCACGAGAUAAGAUCUCCUUUGUCUGGGGUUCUUAGCAUGGCUGAAGUUCUUUCUAACACAAAACUUGAUUGGGAGCAAAGACAACUCUUGGAUGUCAUGCUAUCUUCUGGAGAUUUGGUUCUUCAACUUAUAAAUGACAUACUUGAUCUUUCCAAGGUCGAGUCAGGAGUCAUGAAGUUGGAAGCUACUAAAUUCCGGCCAAGAGAGGUAGUCAAGCAUGUACUCCAGACUGCUGCAGUUUCAUUGCAAAAAGUAUUAACCUUAGAAGGACAUGUAGCUGAUGAUGUACCUAUUGAGGUUGUUGGUGAUGUUUUAAGGAUGCGGCAACUUCUCACCAAUUUAAUUAGUAAUGCCGUUAAGUUCACUCAUGAAGGCAAAAUUGGAAUAAACCUUUACGUUGUGCCAGAGCCUACUUUUGCGAAGGAAGAUUGCAUCCAAAAGAUGACUUCGAACCAUUCGACUAUUAUAGUGAAUGGUGUGAAAGAAGACAAAUAUCUAUCAACGCCUCAAAGUGGUUGUCAAAAACAUGAUGAUUAUCCCAGCCAAAACCAUGCAUUCAAUGAUGAAUGUAGAUCACCGGUCAAAAGUGAAUGCUCUGUGAAUGGAGACACCGAGGAACAACAUCAUUCAGCUGAAACAACAGUGUGGAUACGUUGUGAUGUAUAUGACACAGGCAUUGGAAUACCAGAAGAUGCUAUACCAACCUUGUUUAAAAGGUACAUGCAAGUCAGUGCAGACCACGCUCGAAAGUAUGGUGGCACAGGGCUAGGACUAGCAAUAUGCAAACAACUGGUUGAGUUGAUGGGGGGUCGUCUAACAGUGUCUAGCAAAGAACACCAUGGUUCUACCUUCACUUUCAUACUCCCAUACCAGGUUUCAAUUGCUUGUGAUAAUUCUGAUGACCAGGAUGAGCUGUCUGACGUGGAGAAUAAUGAUGCUGCAUCUGAUGAUACAAUAGAGAGUUUCUUCCAAUUCCAGCCACGCACUUUGGGGUCUCUAUUAUCUUCUAAUGGAUCUAGCAGGACACAGAUGUUAUUACCACACAAAAUUGGCUACACAAGCACCCAUAAACUUGGUGGAUUUUCCGAGAGUUUAUAUUCAAUCCUCUCCAAUGAUAUCAUGUCGAAAGAGAUAUGCUCAGUUGAUGAUUCAUUGUCAGCGGUUGAUGCUCCAGAUAUGUCUGAAUCGGCCAGCUCAUCAGGUCACAGCUCAGAAACAAAGAACAUAAGUUUAGUUAGCAGAGAGAAACUGCAGCAAGAUAAGGCUCAUACUUGGUCCUUGAAUGGUUAUGCAGAUUCCUCUGAAGCAACUGUGGCUUGUGGAGAAAUGGUUGUAGCAACAAAGUCAUGUGAACUCCCACAACCAUGUCAAGGUCGUGCGAAGACAAACACAACUAUCCAAAGUGUCACAAGCAACAGUACAUCAGUAGUAACCAAAUCCACAUCAAGGCCUAAGAUCCUUCUAGUUGAAGAUAACAAGAUUAACAUCAUGGUAACACAGUCCAUGAUGAAGCAAUUAGGCCAUAGCAUAGAUGUUGUGAAUAAUGGAGUGGAAGCUGUACUUGCAGUUCAGCGCUGCACUUUUGACCUGGUUCUGAUGGAUGUCUGCAUGCCAGUUAUGAAUGGUCUUCAAGCAACAAAACUGAUUCGGUCUUUCGAGGAAACAGGCAAGUGGGAUGCUGCAAGAAAUGCUGGAAUCGAGCAAAGUCUACCAGAUUCAGAUUAUGAAUGUUGUAAACCAUCUACAAAGCGGAUUCCCAUUGUUGCGAUGACAGCAAAUGCUUUGUCAGAGAGCGCUGAAGAGUGUUUUGCAAAUGGAAUGGACUCGUUUAUGUCAAAACCUGUGACUUUCCAAAAACUGAAAGAAUGUAUUGAACAAUACCUAAGUUGA